GCCCCCGGCUCCUCCAGCGUCAGCGGCUCCUGCGCGCGGGAUGCAUUGGGCAAUUUUUGAAAUCCUGAAGUAGGAAGAGACCCCGGAGGACAUAAGUUGGGGGUGGGGGUGGAGCCGAGAAUCUGUAAAAGAUAUUCAAAGAGAGAAAAGGGGAAUCCUGAUCGUUUCUGCCCGUGCUUGCUUUGAACUUGAGCGUGCUAGCUUUUAACUUGAAGUCUCACUGGAGCAUCUAGCAUUCUCCAGGAGUUAUUCGAAAGCUGAAACUUUCAGUGGAUUGUGGGCCUGAGGAAAAGAAGGAUUCCGAGAGUAGAACUGGGAGACAGUGCGGUGUAUCUGUGUGUGUGAGUGUGUGCGCGCGCGCGCGUGUGGGUCGGGGCGGGGGUGUUGGGGGACCACUGGUGAUUCGUGAAGAGGGCACCGUACCAUGGCAGUGCCCGGCGACGCAGCACGAGUCAGGGACAAGCCCGUCUACAGUGGGGUGAGCCAAGCCCCGAAGGCGGGCCGGGACUGCCACCGUCGUGCGGACCCCGCAUCGCCGCGCGACUCGGGCUGCCGUGGCUGCUGGGGAGACCUAGUGCUGCAGCCGCUCCGGCGCUCUCGGAAACUUUCCUCCGCGCUGUGCGCGGGCUCCCUGUCCUUUCUGCUGGCGCUGCUGGUGAGGCUGGUCCGCGCGGAGGUCGGCUGUGACCUAGAGCAAUGUAAGGAGGCGGCGGCGGAGGAGGAGGAGGAAGCAGCCCCGGGAGCAGAAGGGGGCGUCUUCCCGCGGCCUCGGGGAGGUGCUCCCGGGGGCGGCGCGCGGCUCAGCCCCUGGCUGCAGCCCUCGGCGCUGCUCUUCAGUCUCCUGUGUGCCUUCUUCUGGAUGGGCUUGUACCUCCUGCGCGCCGGGGUGCGCCUGCCUCUGGCCGUAGCGCUGCUGGCCGCCUGCUGCGGGGGGGAAGCGCUCGUCCAGAUUGGGCUGGGCGUCGGGGAGGAUCACUUACUCUCGCUCCCCGCCGCGGGGGUGGUGCUCAGCUGCUUGGCCGCCGCGACAUGGCUGGUGCUGAGGCUGAGGCUGGGCGUCCUCAUGAUCGCCUUGACUAGCGCGGUCAGGACCGUGUCCCUCAUUUCCUUGGAGAGGUUCAAGGUCGCCUGGAGACCUUACCUGGCGUACUUAGCCGGCUUGCUGGGGAUCCUCCUGGCCAGGUACGCGGAACAAAUCUUGCCGCAGUCCGCGGAGGCGGCUCCAAGGGAGCAUUUGGGGUCCCAGCUGAUUGCUGGGACCAGGGAAGAUAUCCCGGUGUUUAAGAGGAGGAGGCGGUCCAGCUCCGUCGUGUCCACGGAGAUGUCCGGCUGCAGCAGCAAGUCCCAUCGGAGAACCUCCCUGCCCUGUAUACCGAGGGAACAGCUCAUGGGACAUUCAGAAUGGGACCACAAACGAGGGCCAAGAGGAUCACAGUCUUCGGGAACCAGUAUUACUGUGGAUAUAGCCGUGAUGGGCGAGGCCCACGGCCUCAUUACCGACCUCCUGGCAGACCCUUCUCUUCCACCAAAUGUGUGCACAUCCUUGAGAGCCGUGAGCAACUUGCUCAGCACACAGCUCACCUUCCAGGCCAUUCACAAGCCCAGAGUGAAUCCCGUCACUUCCCUCAGUGAAAACUACACCUGUUCUGACUCUGAAGAGAGCUCUGAAAAAGACAAGCUUGCUAUUCCAAAGCGCCUGAGAAGGAGUCUGCCCCCUGGCUUGUUGAGACGAGUUUCUUCCACUUGGACCACCACCACCUCAGCCACAGGUCUACCCACCUUGGAGCCUGCCCCAGUUCGGAGAGACCGUAGCACCAGCAUCAAACUGCAGGAAGCACCUUCAUCCAGUCCUGAUUCUUGGAAUAAUCCAGGGAUGAUGACCCUCACCAAAAGCAGAUCCUUCACUUCGUCCUAUGCUGUUUCUGCAGCUAACCAUGUAAAGGCUAAAAAGCAAAGUCGACCAGGUGCCCUCGCUAAAACUUCACCUCUUUCAUCGCCCUGCUCCUCACCUCUCCAAGGAACUCCUGCCAGCAGCCUAGUCAGCAAAAUUUCUGCAGAGCAGUUUCCAGAAUCUGCUGACACAACUGCCAAACAAAGCCUAGGUUCUCACAGGGCCUUAACUUAUACUCAGAGUGCCCCUGACCUAUCCCCUCAAAUCCUGACUCCACCUGUUAUAUGUAGCAGCUGUGGCAGACCAUAUUCCCAAGGGAAUCCUGCUGAUGGGCCCCUGGAGAGAAGUGAGGCGGCCACUCGGACACCAAGUAGAACAGACGACACUGCUCAAGUUACCUCUGAUUAUGAAACCAAUAACAACAGUGACGGCAGUGACAUUGUACAGAAUGAAGAUGAGACAGAGUGCCUGAGAGAGCCUCUGAGGAAAGCAUCAGCUUGCAGCACCUAUGCUCCUGACACCAUGAUGUUUCUGGACAAACCAAUUCUUGCUCCCGAACCUCUUGUCAUGGAUAACCUGGACUCAAUUAUGGAGCAGCUAAAUGCUUGGAAUUUUCCAAUUUUUGAUUUAGUGGAAAAUAUAGGAAGAAAAUGUGGCCGUAUUCUUAGUCAGGUGUCUUACAGACUUUUUGAAGACAUGGGCCUCUUUGAAGCUUUUAAAAUUCCAAUUAGGGAAUUUAUGAAUUAUUUUCAUGCUUUGGAGAUUGGAUACAGGGAUAUUCCUUAUCAUAACAGAAUCCAUGCCACUGAUGUUUUACAUGCUGUUUGGUAUCUUACUACACAACCUAUUCCAGGCCUCUCAACUGUGAUUAAUGAUCAUGGUUCAACCAGUGAUUCAGAUUCUGACAGUGGAUUUACACAUGGACAUAUGGGAUAUGUAUUCUCAAAAACAUAUAAUGUGACAGAUGAUAAAUACGGAUGUCUGUCUGGGAAUAUCCCUGCCUUAGAGUUGAUGGCACUGUAUGUGGCUGCAGCCAUGCAUGAUUAUGAUCACCCAGGAAGGACUAAUGCUUUCCUGGUUGCAACUAGUGCUCCUCAGGCGGUGCUAUAUAACGAUCGUUCAGUUUUGGAGAAUCAUCACGCAGCUGCUGCAUGGAAUCUUUUCAUGUCUCGGCCAGAGUAUAACUUCUUAGUUAACCUUGACCAUGUGGAAUUUAAGCAUUUCCGUUUCCUUGUCAUUGAAGCAAUUUUGGCCACUGACCUGAAGAAACACUUUGACUUUGUAGCCAAAUUUAAUAGCAAGGUUAAUGAUGAUGUUGGAAUAGACUGGACCAAUGAAAAUGAUCGUCUACUGGUUUGUCAAAUGUGUAUAAAGUUGGCUGAUAUCAAUGGUCCAGCUAAAUGUAAAGAACUUCAUCUUCAAUGGACAGAUGGUAUUGUCAAUGAAUUUUAUGAACAGGGUGAUGAAGAGGCCAGCCUUGGGUUACCCAUAAGCCCCUUCAUGGAUCGUUCUGCUCCUCAGCUGGCCAAUCUUCAGGAAUCCUUCAUCUCUCACAUUGUGGGGCCUCUGUGCAACUCCUAUGAUUCAGCAGGACUAAUGCCAGGAAAAUGGGUGGAAGACAGCGAUGAGUCAGGAGAUACUGAUGACCCAGAAGAAGAGGAGGAAGAAGCAACAGCACCACAUGAAGAGGAAACCUGUGAAAAUAAUGAAUCUCCAAAAAAAAAGACUUUCAAAAGGAGAAAAGUCUACUGCCAAAUAACUCAGCACCUCUUACAGAACCACAAGAUGUGGAAGAAUGUCAUUGAAGAGGAGCAGCGGUUGGCAGACAUAGAAAAUCAAUCCCUGGGUCAGACCCCUCAGCCACACUCUUCAGAACAGAUCCAGGCUAUCAAGGAAGAAGAAGAAGGAGAGAAAGGGAAACGAAGAGGGGAGGAGAUACCAACCCCAAAGCCAAACCAGUGACAAUGGAUAGAGUGGGCUGUGUUUCCAGACAGAUUGACUUGUCAAAGACUCUCUUCAAGCCAGCACAACAUUUAGACACAACACUGUAGAAAUUUGAGAAGAUGGCAAAUGGCUAUUGCAUUUUGGGAUUCUUCGCAUUUUGUGUGUGUAUAUUUUUACAGUGAGGUACAUUGUUAAAAACUUUUUCUCAAAGAAGCUUUCACAUUGCAACACCAGCUUCUAAGGAUUUUUUAAGGAGGAAAUAAUACAUAUGUGUGUGUGUAUAUAAGCUCCCACAUAUACAUGUAAAACAUAUUCACUCACAUGCACACACACACAUACACACUGAAGGCCAGAAUUGCUGGCUCCACAAUUUAGUAACAUUUAUAUUAAGAUAUAUAGUGGUCACUGUGAUAUAAUAAAUCAUAAAGGAAACCAAA